AUGACUACCUCCGCUAACCACCCGUAUUAUCUCCCUCCAAUAUCUCUGAAAGAUAACACCCCUUCAUGUCAAACAAGCAACCCAAAUACCUUCCCCAUCACAAACCCUUCCUCCUCCUCCUCCUCCCCAUCAUCCCUCGAAGAUAAUAUUCCUCAAUCAUACUUCUCUGAUGACUGUUGUACCAUCAUUGGCAACUCUUGCUCGUCUUCCACUAGCUCUUCCCCCGGAGACUCCAGCCCUUCCAAUGAGUCUUGCUUGUCUUCGUACUCCUCUUGUUCCUCAUUAGAUUCCCACGACGACGACCUCAUAUCUUCUUCAUCUUCUUUUCCUAAAAUCCUUGCCAACGACAAACAAUCCUUAUCCAACAAGAACAACAACAAAUUACUCUCACGUUUGAUCAAUAAUGGCCAUAACCAUAGUGAUUUAUCCAACAACUCUUCCGACUCAUUAUCAACAUUCAUCCUCAGUGACCCACCAUCGCAACAACCAGCCCCAUCCGAUUUGAAAAUUGAAACCUCUAACCACGAUCCGCUUCCCCCAUCAUCAACUACCAACAGUUUACCAAUCUCUCCUACCAAAAAAUUAAAACCAUCGCUAAAAUUAUCAAGCAGUAAUUUACCAUCAUCCUCCACUCUCCGGAAAAAUCUCUUGACCAGAUCAAAUUCCGUCCCCUUGUUCUCAUCUUCGAAAAAAAGCGUCAAAUUCCCUGCCAACGAUGGUCUUGAGAAUAUCGUAUUCUUCAAAAAAAACGAUACCCCCCUCAGUGUCAGUGGAGUGCCAUCCAGUGAUGAUGAAGAUUACGAUGAAGAAAGCGAAGAGUUCUUUGAUAAUGACUCGUUCAAAUCCGAAGAUUUCUUCAUAUCCCACGGCAAGCAUCAUACCACUAAACACUUUACAGAUAAUGACAAGGUGAACUUCUUGUUGGAUCAUAACGAGAGUAGCGACGAUGAAAUGUAUCAUGUACCAUCAGUGUCCGAAAGAUAUUGGAAAUUGGUCAGCUCCAACAUCAAAGAUUUGAUCAACAGCUCAUCACCCCCUUCGAGAAUUGCCAAUUUCAAUUCUAAUGUGCAGGUAGAGAAUUUAUGCUUGGCCCCAACAAACUUAUUGGUGGGUAAUAUCUUGGUGAAGAAUCUUGCAUUUGAAAAAAUCGUUGGGAUUAAAUUGACAAUUAAUAACUGGUCAAGUUUCCAAACUUUGUACGCCCACUACAUUGAAAGUUUACACGAUAACCAAAUCGAUCGUUUCCAAUUCACCAUUGACUUGGACAAAUUGGUGGGUAAUUCAUCGACCAAGAAAUUGAAUGUCAAGUUUUGCGGGUUUUACCAGUCCAAAGAUCAUCAAUAUUGGGAUAAUAACGGCAAUAUGAAUUACCAAAUCAGAUUCUCUAGACACGGGUCCUCAUCAUCAUUAUCACCUUCUACAGCUCAUAAAAAUUUCAAUCACUCCAUCAACCAAAUUUCUCGAUCCAAUAUUUCGAUGUUGAAUGAAUUAUUAUCCAAUUCCACAAAAUCAAAACCUAAAAACCGUGCCAAUAUCCCUCAUCAAGAUGAUCCGAGAAUCCAUAGCAGGUACUUCCCAGAAGAUAAUAUUGAUAAUUGGUUCAACCAUCAAAGCAUUAUUCUGCAACCAUCGUCAUCGUUGAAUGAUCAAGAUUAUUUAGGCCAAGGCCUGGGUUUCGAAGGGAAGAGUCAUAGAAGAGCCUGUUCUUUAGAUUUGGAUCUUCAUAAAUAUUAUCCACAAACCGAAAAUUUUGCUUCAAUUAAUUCUAAAACUUAUCGUGAUUUGGUUGCCAACUAUUGUUUUUAUGAAUCGAAAUAG